AUGUCUACCACCAAGCAAGAAAUGACUCCAGAUGAGGUCGUCGAAGGUGAAUACGUAAACGUCGGAAGAGCUAGAAGUGCCACUGCCACGUCGACAGCUUCCCGAAAGGAAUACGAAACUUUGGAUGAGUUUUUGAAGAGAAACGAAUAUUCGGCUGAGAGCAAGAGGGACAAGUUCAAGGUUGUUCAAGUGCAAAGUCUCGAUAAUUCCUACAAGUUCCGAAAAAAUGAUUUGUCGUUGCAAUAG